ACAGAAGGGAAAAAUUCUUGAAGUAGUGAAGGAAGUGCCACUGGAUCCUAUGGCAGAAAAACUUCGCCAAGAAAGAGGUAGAGGACAGGGAGGCUAUGUGCCCAACAAAUUAGCAGCUACAUCUUUUGCAUCCACAUCUAUUCAGUCAAUUCCUUCAUUUACGUCAAAGUUUGUGCCCCCAACAACAUCUGCAUCAACAUCUGCAGCUGCAUCAGCAUCGACAUCUAUGCAUGAAGUUACAUCACAAGCCUCAUACUUGGAUACUUCUAGCACGGAUUGUUGUAUUGCUGAUACAACAGAGCGUAAGAAAGGACGUGGGAAGUCACGAAGCCUUGCAUUACUCAAGAUAAAAAGUCAAGGGAAGCGAUUGGAUGUUGAAAUUUGUAGGAUUACUGGGAAUCCAUUGGGACCAUGGUCUGAUAAAUUCACCACCGAGUAGGGGAUCGUCACUAGGCAAUUUGCCCCACAAAAUGUGCCGAAGUGGAGUUUUAUUAGCCCUGAGGAUAAAGAAACGCUAAUUGCAUACCUUCGAGAAGGUUUCAUUUUUAGUAAUGAACCUUACGCUAUUGCUUCUAUCCUUGGAAUGAUGAAACUCCGGUACAAGACCUACCGCUUUAAUCUACGCCAACAUUUUAGAAGUUUCCCUACGAUGGAAUCAGCCCUUGCAAACCCACAUGAAGAUAUCGAAAAAAAGGUGUGGC